AUGUCUCACAUCGCACUGGUUGGGGGCGAAAAACAGGGCCCUAGGAAUUCAACCUCCACAGAUGCAUAUGGAAGAGGGAACACAUUGGCACUAAAGCAUGUCUCAAACAUGGUUGUCCACAUGUUUGCCCAAUGGGACCGUCGCCACCGGCUCCACGGCCGGACAACCCCGAUAGUCGAUGACGAAGGACAAUGA